GUUGCAAAAUUCUUCAAAAUUUAAAGGUCUUAUUUAAAAAAAAUCUAAAUUAGUAGUUAAAAAAUCAAAAUGUCUCACGAAUGCGAGACCUGUACACCACAAGAUUUUCUUUUGGAAAACUUAUCUAAAGGCGAUGAAAAGGAAUUGUUAGAAAUAUUGGAGAAAUUGGAAACUAUAAAGCCAAUAGAAACUUUUAAACCAGUGCAACAGCAUGAAAUAAUUAUUGUGGAAGAUGAACCUAAAAUAAACUCUAAUCAUAUUGAAUGUCAAGAAAUUAUUCUUUUAGAAGAAAAAUCUGGAGAAAAUUUGAUCAAGGGUCAGCAUUGUGAAACUAUUAUUAUAGAAAGUGAAUCAACAGAAAAUUCUAUUCAGGUUGAAGACAAUGACACUAUCUUUUCCAUAGAUGAUUCUUUAUCACCUGAGAGAGCUAGAGCAAAUACUGAAGCUAGAAACUUUAAUAUAUGGCCAUUCUUUAUCAAAUCCAAAGAUUGUGUUUGUAAUAUUUGGCAAAAUUAUAUUGUAAACCCUAUUGUGUAUAUAAUAUGUGAUGAUAGUGAUGACAGUGAUGAGAGCGAAGAAACGGAUGAUGAACUUUGUUAACAUAAUAUGAUUAGAAAAAGCAGUGAGAGAGAGAAAUCUAUUGCAAGUUAAGUUCUUAGAAAUGUUCUUAGAAAGUUCUUAGAAUGAAAAAGAGAAGUGAGAGAGAGAAAUCUAUUGCAAGUCAAGUUCUUAGAAAUGAAGUUGUUCUCUUUAUUAAAACCCGAAAAAGAAAUGCAUACAAAUACAUGAAGUUAUAAGAAACUGCCCAGAAUUUAAUAUUAUGACUUAGUUGCAAUACGCUGGCAUAUGUUAUAGCUACAUAUAACAUUAAACCUAGAGAUAUUUGGAUUUGUGAUUGAAAAUUGGGAGGAGAGAUAUUAAAAAUAAAACGAAAGUCUGUUGUGAAAUAUAUUUAAAACUA